AUUCAGUCGUGUCUCGACGCUCGCCACCGCCGAGCCGCCCAUCAUCCCCGUGGCCGCCUUUCACUGCCUCUUGGUGUCCACUUGCCGUUACACUUUGUCCACGAUCCCGGAUGCACAACGAGUUUUGCCAGUGGUUUUCAUCGUUUUGUCGUUCCGCACAAAAACAACACGAUUCAAAAGUGAACGCUGUGGAAAAUUUGACGCCAAUGAUACAGCUCAUAUAUACUCGCACGCGAGAUAAGUACGCGGCGGAUAGUAUGUGAGAUCGUGUGCGUGCGCGAGAGUAUAUCACACGGAGAGGAGGUGCGAGUUCUCGGUGUAUAUAACAUCACGCAGAGAGUGGAAAAAUAUCGCGCUUCCGAGGAUGGAAUGUCAGAGUGGACGGUGAUAAAAAUAGAUCGGUAUCGUUGUGAUGAUGGUCGCGGUGACGUCGACGGUGAUCGGCGCACUUGUGUGUUUGCAGGAAUAACAUCGCUCUUACCGAGUCGCGGCAUAGACUAUUUAAUCGCACGCGUGCCUUUUAAAGUGGUUUUAUUUUCCCUCUCCUUUCUUCCUCUUUGGUGCUUAUUUUUUUUUUUUCUGUACCGCUGGAGCUUACGUAGAAUCAGUGAUAAGAAAAGCUCCCUUAUCGCGCUCUCAUGCACGGCGAGCACGUGCUUUUCGGUCAAAGUUUUCCAUGCCCUGCCGUUCGAAAUCGCUCGCUUGAUCGGCAGAUCGGUAACAAUUUGUGGCGCAGUGGUAAAUAUUGUGCAUAAAAUAGUUGCCGAGCAUGAACGGCCGAUAAGCAAAAACUGAAACAAUAAGAAAAAAAAAAAAAAAGAAAAAAAGUAAGAUGCGCGUGUCGAUCGAGCAGGCGAGCAGCGCCUUCAGUCCGUACAACAAAUCGGCACCGGCGAUCCAGCACCACAUACAGCAGCGGUCGUAUCCUCGGCUCGUAGUCGUCGAGAACGGGAAGAAAAUAAGAAACGCCACCGACGACGAGUCAGUGGGUGGCACUAACGGGAGUCUGAUACCGAGUUUGCGCUUCGUUUGCCUAGACAUGGCGCGAGACACCCCGGGCUCGCCGAUGUCGCGCUCGGCGCGCGAGCAACUCGCGGGUGCGGCCACCCUGGCCGCCUCCGGGGCUCUACACGCCGCCGAGCAGGCCGUCGUCACGAUACACGAGAGCGCCCUGCAGCAGAAGAUGCUCGAGCUACAGCAGCAGCACCAGCUCCAACAGCAGAUCCUCAAACAACAGUACCACCAGCGGGAGCGACAACUCGCCGAGCUGCACGAACAACAGAUGUACCAGCUAAAGCUGUGGGAGCAGCAAAAACUCGAGGAGCAGAGGAGGGAAAAGGAGCGAAUAGAGGCGCUCAGGAAAAAGGACAAACACGACCACAGCGCAGUCGCCUCGACGGAAGUCAAACAGCGUCUUCAGAGCUUCUUGGUGAACAAAAAGCAAAGGGAGGCGGCAGCCGCGGCCAACGGAGCGGGACCCGGCUCGCCCGGAUACAGGACCUGGUUAUCGUCACAGUCGGAAUCGACGAGCUCAACGAGCGCUUCCCAUCCAUAUCGCAUGCCGCAGAUAUUGCAGGAGAAGUUCAGCGACGAUUUUCCACUGCGAAAGACAGCUUCGGAACCGAAUCUGCUGAAGGUGCGACUUAAGCAACGCCUUAUGGAUAAGACCGCCACGAGAAAUUCACCCCUGAUGGCCAGACGAAACAACCGACUGCUGUCGCACCUCAAGCGGAAGUCACUCUUAACAAACUCCAGCAACUCCGAGUCCGGGCCCAACUCGCCCCCUACGGUCAGCAACUCGCAGUCGUCGCCAACGGCGAGCGGCAGUUCCAACACGCCGAUCCAAGAGGAGGGCGAAGGCGCAGCCUACGCGAACCGGCUGAGCAGCGCGGCCAGCCAACAAGGCAGCCUCUCCGACCUGUCCCUCUUCAGCUCGCCCUCGAUGCCCAACAUAUCGCUCGGCAGGCCGCGCGUACCCUCCAGCUCGACGAGCGGCCCGAAACUAGCACCUGUGUCCGAGGCGGAGGUGCGCGCGGCGUUCACCGCUCGGCUCGGGAUGCCCCUCACGGGGCAGAUGUUGCCGGGCACCCUGCCAUUUUACCCCUCGCUGACGGUGAUCGACGGCGAGCCGGCUUACAACCUGCACAAGCACGUGCAGAGCAGCUUGGAGCAGGCAGCGGUGGCCGCCGCGGCCGCGGCCAACAACCAAUCGGCCAAACAACAGCAGCAACAACAACCGCCACCCACGAUAUACCACCCGACACCCAUCACCGAUACCCAAGUGGCUCACGCGAGACUGCACAAGACUGGCCAUCGGCCACUAGGUAGCAGGACCCAAUCGGCCCCUCUACCGCUCGGCAACCCGAUGCUGCAGGGUAUAAUAGUCCCGGCGCCGCCACCGACGACGGCCACCCACUACGAAGAGUACCUGGCGGAGAAGCAGCUGCACGAGCAACAACAGCAACAGCAAACGCAGCACAACUACCUUAAACAGCAGAUCAGGCAGACGGUGCUGACGCGAGUGGGCUCCCGCAGCCAGCAGCUCGACGAGGCGCCCGAGUCCGAGGAAUCGGAGGUCAUCGACCUCACCGGCAAGAAAGACACUUCGGCCACGAGCGGUAGGAGCAGCAGCAGCAGCAUCGAGGAGAGCGAGAUAUCGAAGCAGCAGCGCGACCGCGAGCAAUUCCUUCAGCAGCAGCGCGACCUCAUGAUGCGCCACACCCUGCAAGCCACCGACGCCACGGUCUACACGACGGGCAGGAGCGCCCAGUCGGCGAGGCCGCUCUCGAGGGCCCUCUCCAGUCCGCUCGUCCAUCUCGGUCCCCAGGGAACGGUAGUGGCCGGAGGAGCCAGCGAAAUGUACGCCCGGAGUCCGAGGGAGGCGCCGACGACGGGUCUGGCGUACGACGCGCUCAUGAUGAAGCACGCGUGCGCCUGUGGGGAGACGGUGCGCGGCCACCCGGAGCACGGGGGCAGGCUGCAGAGCAUCUGGGCGAGGCUCCAGGAAACGGGGCUGCUGGCGCGCUGCGACAAGGUGCGCUCGCGCAAGGCCAGCCUCGAGGAGAUACAGACGUGCCACACGGAGGCUCACACCUUCCUGUUCGGCACGAACCCGCUGUCCCGGCAGAAGCUCGACCUGUCCAAGGUGCCGAUCCAGAGCUUCGUGCGGCUGCCCUGCGGCGGGGUCGGGGUCGACAGCGACACCACGUGGAACGAGAUGCACACCGCGUCGGCAGCGCGCAUGGCCGUGGGCUGCGUGGUCGAGCUUGCCUUCAAGUGCGCCAUGGGAGACGUGCGCAACGGGUUUGCCGUCGUCAGGCCACCCGGGCACCACGCCGAGGCCAACCAGGCCAUGGGCUUUUGUUUCUUCAACUCCGUGGCCGUGGCUGCGAGGCUGCUCGUUCAGAAGCUCGACAUGCGCAGGAUACUCAUCGUCGAUUGGGACGUGCACCACGGCAACGGCACCCAGCAGAUGUUCUACGACGACCCGCGAGUGCUGUACCUAUCGAUCCACAGGCACGACGACGGCAACUUUUUCCCGGGCACUGGUGGGCCCACGGAGUGCGGGGUAGGCGAGGGCCUCGGCCGCAACGUGAACCUCGCUUGGUCCGGAGGUCUGAGUCCCCCGAUGGGCGACGCCGAGUACCUCGCGGCCUUCCGCACGGUCGUCAUGCCCAUCGCCAAGGACUUUGACCCCGACCUCGUCCUCGUGUCCGCUGGCUUCGACGCCGCCCACGGCCAUCCUGCCCCCCUCGGUGGCUACAAGGUCAGCCCCGCCUGCUUCGGACGCAUGACCCAGAUGCUCAUGACGCUUGCCUCCGGGAAAGUCGUGCUAGCACUCGAGGGUGGCUACGACCUCGCGGCCAUCUGUGACUCGGCCCAGGAGUGCGUCAGGGCCCUGCUCGGCGACGAGCCGACGCCCAUCAGGCACGAAGAGCUCACCAGAAGCCCCUGCCAAAACGCCAUCGACACCUUACAGAAGACCAUAGCCGUCCAGAUGUCACACUGGCCUUGUGUCAAACUUCUGGCGCACACGGUGGCCAUGAGUGCCAUUGAGGCGAGCCAGAAGGAACACGACGAGACCGAGACGGUCUCGGCCAUGGCGUCCCUUUCCAUGCAGCAGCAGAGCAAUCUCGCAAGCACACCAGAACAUUCCCGCGAAGUGUCGGAGGAGCCGAUGGAGCAAGACGAAGCCAAGUGAAGGGAACAAACGCUACAACUUGCUGCCGUCGGAUUAUGAAAAUUUCUUUUUUUUUUUCCACACCGUCAUCGUCGCUCUCGUCAGCGCUAUGUUCGACGAAGACGCGGACGGUAUACAUAUAUGUGUAUGUAUAUAUACUAUAUUAUCCUGUAGUUCCUCGUCGUGGGAUCCUGAACGGAAGAUUGCGAGGGGAUACAUGCGGAUAGGAGGGAUUUUUUUGAACUCGGGAAUUGAGCUCCUGUGCUGUCAGAAUAAUGUUAGGAAGCUAUUCCGCAGGGCACUAAUAACUUCUGUGCCCGGCCGCAGACUGAAUGUUGGUGCUGGGGGCCGUGGACAGAUGGACGCGAGAAAUCGAAAGGGUCUCUGAUUGUUACUGUUGAUGUUGUUUAACUUGUAUACAUACUUACUUACGCAUGACAUUAAAUGGAAGUUUGUAUAAAUUAUGUAAAAAUUGACGCGAACGCGCGACAGAUCACUGCACGAGUUUACUGUGAAGUUUUUUUUUUUUUUUUUUUUUCUUUUUUUUUUUUUUUUUCAUCUUUACUGUUUUUUAACUUCAUUUUGCCAUUCUUACGGCGGAAGCUGAAUGCAUUACUCGUGAGUUUUUUCUAAGUUUCUCCGCUGAUACCUAUGUGAGUACAAUCGCCAGCGUAGCGAAACUUGACGUUAGACUUACAUCACUUACGAAAAAUUGAAAUAGGAAAAAAAUAAUAAUAAUAAUUUACGCAAAAUUGUUCGUCCCCAUUCUUUGUUUGUUGUUAUAAUUCAAUGUCUAGUGACGAUUGAUAAAGUAACUUUUCAAUAAGACGGACAACGUGAAUUUAAUUUGGAACUGAAAUCUAGAAAUAUGACGGGUAUGGAAACGGGAACCGAUCACUCUGUUUCGUUUGCUAAGUAUAUGUAUACACUAUUGAAGCAAACUCAUUGUACAUACUUAUAAAUAUACAUAUAUAAAUGAAGAUACUCG